AUGGCUAGCAUCAUUGCACGUGUGGGUAAUAGUCGGCAGCAAAACACACCCUUGCCACCUUGGGCCCAUUCAAUUUUGAGGUCCUUGGGGAGGAGUCUUGGUCCUUUAAGGGUCCACAUGGCAGAAAGAAAUGUGAAGCUGUUCUCCGGGAGAGUGGUGCCAGCCCAAGGGGAAGAAACCUUUGAAAACUGGCUGAUCCAAGUCAAUGGGGUCCUGCCCGAUUGGAACAUGUCUGAGGAGGAAAAGCUCAAGCGCUUGAUGAAAACCCUUAGGGGCCCAGCCUGGGAGGUCAUGCGUUCGCUCCAGGCCGCCAACCCCAAUCUAAGUGUGGCUGAUUUCCUACGGGCGAUGAAACUGGUGUUUGGGGAGUCUGAAAGCAGUGUCACCGCCCAUGGUAAAUUUUUUAACACUUUGCAGGCACAAGGGGAGAAAGCCUCCCUUUAUGUGAUCCGUUUAGAAGUGCAGCUCCAGAAUGCUAUUCAGGCAGGGAUCAUAGCUCAGAAAGAUGCAAACCAGACUUGCCUGCACCAGCUCCUUUUAGGAGCUGAGCUAAAUAGGGACCUGCACUUUAGGCUGAAACAUCUUCUCAGGAUGUAUGCAAAUGAUCAGGAGCAUCUUCCUAAUUUCUUGGAGUUAAUCAAGAUGAUAAGGGAAGAAGAGGAUUGGAAUGACACUUUUAUGAAACCGAAACGGCCCAAAAGGUCUGAGCUAAUCUUGGAGAGGGCAGCAAGCCCUGUAGCAUUUCAGGGCCCCCAGCCAAUAGCAACCAGCAGCGCCGACUGCAACGUGAUAGAGGUAGAUGAUACCCUUGAUGACUCAGAUGAGGAUGUGAUCUUGGUGGAGUCUCAGGACCCUCUACUUACAUCCACCGAUGCCCCGCCCCUCAGAGGCAGGGCCAGCCCUCUUGAUCCAAUACUGGUCACUGAUUCCUCCAACAGUUCCCGGGCUCAAUCUCCUCCCACCAGUGGGGGUUCUGGGUAUAAGAAUAAUGGUCCUGGGGAUAUGCGUAGAGCCAGAAAGUGAAAAUACACAAUCUUCUGUUCAUAUUGUGAGGAGGGCCACUCAAAGGAAACCUGUAAGAGUGAGAGCAACAAGGCCCAGGUGAUAGAGAAUCUGAUCAUCACCCUGCAGAAGCUGACACAUACAGAGGAGAAGUCAAAAGAGGUUCCUGGUGAACACAAUGACCUCUCUGCGCCUCUAGUAAAGUGCUAG